CCAAACUCCCUCACCACUCUUCCUCCUCAGGUGAUCAUUUCCUCUGAACCUCACCCUUUUUUCUUUCAAUGGAAGAUCAUGAAGAUCAAAAGGAGUUGCAGCUACUCCCUUCUCCAAACUCCUUACCUUCCUCAUCACGGAUGUCAUCUCGGUCGUCGGAUUCUUCAGCUUCUCUAAGGUAUCGAUCAGCGGUGCCUGAUCAUCAUAGUUCCUUCGAAGUCCCGGCACUAGACCUGCAGUUAUCAAUCAGUCUGAGGCCAAUCCAGCCACCUUCUGAUUGCGUUCUAGCCGGACCAAUCUGUGCCUCCUUAUACGACGAUGUCAUGCCGGAGACAGCGGGCUGCGUCGAGGCGUUGAAAUGGCAGGCGGCCGAACAGAUUCGGCUGGCGGCGAUAGAGAAGGCGCAUGCGGAGAGAGUGAGGGAGAUGACGAGGAGAGAAAUGGAGUUGGCGCAGUCGGAGUUCGCAAGAGCAAGGCACAUGUGGGAGAGGGCGAGGGAAGAGGUGGAAAAGGCAGAGAGAAUGAAGGAGAGAGCGAUGCGCCAGAUAGCAGACUCUACUACUACUGCUACGUGCAUGGAGAUCACUUGCCAAUCUUGCAGGCAAAGGUUCCGGCCAUAGUGCUCAAUCAUAUAUAUAGCAUUUGAGUAGUACGUACCAUUAACUCAAGGCUGAUCAUGAGUAAAUUUGUUUUAAGCUUCAAGGUGGAUUUGUAUGUAUGGAAAUUAAAAUCAAUCUGGGUUCUUGGGUUUCUGCAAUGAAUUUGCUUCAACAAAAAACUUCAAAAGUUA